CCUACCAGCAACUGUUUAACCAGGCCGAGAGAAAGCUCCUACAGACGACUUGCAUCCGCCUGACUUUCUUCGGAUUGAUUACUUAAGGGGAUGCAGGAGAUCGGCGGCGGUGGCGGCGGUAGCCGCCGCCUUGUGCUACACACAGAAACGCUUCCCUUGGGCAGAUGGUCUCAGGCACAACCGACAGCAACCGCAUCAUCACCAUCCGCGAGGGAGGGAAAUAAAGCGGGAGCUCGGGCGAGCAAAUACCCUCCAACCUUAUUUUUUUAAAUCAUUAGCCUGUCAGCCGCUCUUCGUCCCCCGACCCACAAUUCCUCACUUUGCUAAGAACAGCUUUAAAUACAAAUAAUGAGAAUGCGAUGUUGAGGUCAUUGCAUCUUCAGGUUCAACCCGCCCACCCCACAUACCGUACAUUCACACACAGAGGAGGAGGCGGCGAAAGAGGAGCCGGGAGCCGGGAGCCGCUAGCGUUACGCCACUUGAAGGUCGUCUGGCGUGGCAUCUUCCAUUCAUUCCGUCUAGCGCUUCGCCACGCCGAAUCAAAAAUACAUUUUUGCUUGUUUUUCUUUUUAAGUAACAAAAAAAUUAUAUUCCUCCGAAGUCACACAUACAGAUUAUCCCUUCCUUGCAACCGGCGGAUCCCGCAGGGAGAAAGAGAGCGCCAGAUCUUCUAACAAAGGACACACAAGCAAAACCUGAAAGGCAGCCGAAACACCUUGGAUUCCGUUUCUUUCGCGUGAGGACGGAGAAAUAAGAGAGAUCGGCCUGAUUAACAGGUUGUCAAGUUUACUUUGCAGCUGUUGCUGAUCUCCAACAACCAAACAGACUUCAGAAUAAGUUCACUAAAUCAAGAUGCCUUUCAGAACAGGCCUAGAAUUAACUGAGAUGCAGAAUAUGACAGUCCCUGAGGAUGACAACAUCAGCAACGAUUCCAAUGAUUUCACAGAAGUAGAAAAUGGCCAAAUGAAUAGCAAGUUUAUUUCAGACCGUGAGAGCAGAAGAAGCCUAACCAACAGCCACUUGGAAAAGAAGAAAUGUGAUGAAUAUAUUCCAGGCACAACAUCAUUAGGAAUGUCUGUCUUCAAUCUCAGCAAUGCAAUCAUGGGCAGUGGAAUAUUAGGUCUUGCCUUUGCAUUGGCCAACACGGGAAUCCUGCUCUUUGUGAUGCUUUUGAUUUCAGUGACAUUGCUCUCUAUUUAUUCAAUCAACCUCCUGUUACUGUGUGCAAAGGAAACAGGCUGCAUGGUUUAUGAAAAACUCGGUGAGCAAGUCUUUGGCACCCCAGGAAAGUUUAUUGUUUUUGGAUCUACAUCUCUUCAGAACACUGGAGCAAUGCUGAGCUAUCUCUUCAUAGUUAAAAAUGAACUACCUGCUGCCAUAAAGUUCGUUAUGGGAGAAGAAGAAACGUUUUCAGCCUGGUACGUGGAUGGGAGGCUUCUUGUCGUAACGGUGACAUUCUGUAUAAUCCUUCCCUUAUGUCUUCUUAAGAAUUUAGGGUAUCUGGGCUACACCAGUGGAUUUUCCCUGACUUGCAUGGUAUUUUUUCUCAUAGUGGUAAUCUACAAGAAAUUUCAACUUCCUUGUCCUCUGCAAGAUAAAAAUGCAACAGCACCUCUCUUUCCAAACUCUAGCUUUGUCUCUGAGCCUAUGUGUCAACCAAAGUAUGUUACCAUCAAUUCCAAGACUGUUUACGCUUUGCCCACCAUUGCAUUUGCAUUUGUGUGCCAUCCCUCGGUCCUUCCGAUCUACAGCGAACUUAAAGAUCGUUCACAGAAAAGAAUGCAGAUGGUUUCAAAAAUCUCUUUCUUUGCCAUGUUUGUCAUGUACUUCUUGACCGCUAUUUUUGGCUAUUUGACAUUUUAUGAAACUGUGCAGUCAGAUCUGCUUCACAAGUAUCAGAGUAAAGAUGACAUCCUCGUCUUAACAGUUCGUGUUGCUGUCAUCGCGGCAGUCAUUCUCACAGUCCCAGUGUUGUUUUUCACUGUGCGCUCUUCUAUAUUUGAGCUUGCCAGAAAAACUAAAUUUCACUUAUGCCGUCAUGUUGUGGUUACUUUGAUCCUUUUGGCGAUCAUUAACUUGUUAGUUAUUUUCAUACCUUACAUGGAGGAUAUUUUUGGAGUUGUAGGGGUAACUUCUGCCAAUAUGCUGAUUUUUAUUCUCCCAUCAUCACUUUAUUUAAAAAUCACCCACCAAGAUGGAUCAAAGCUGAUUCAGAGGAUUUGGGCCUCUCUCUUUUUGGCAUUAGGGAUAUUGUUUUCCUUGGUGAGCAUUCCUCUCGUCAUCUAUGACUGGGUGCAUUAAGGAGACACUGAUGAAGGCCACUGAAGUUAAUGGGACAUUAAGAAGAAUACAUUUCCAUUUUGCUACUCAACAAAAUCACCAUUAUCCCAUUUUGUCAAAAUGUCCAUCCAUGCUUUGUGAGUUUCCUUCGCCAAAUCAAAAUAAUGAAAUACCAGUAGGAUGCAAUGUCCUGCAGGAGACAUUUUAUUUUAUUUUAUUUUUCAUGUUAUUUUCCAUGUUCCCGCAAGCUACUCCAUCAGUAUUAAGUUUAUGAUGGUGGUCAGUACAAUUUUUACAUACUGAUAGGUUUGUCCAUUGGUCAUAGGCAAUCUGUAUGUGGUAACUGACACUAAAUAACUGAAGUUAUAUACUUGCAAAUAUAUCAGUUUGUUUUCAACUAUCGGUUAACCAUCCGUGAUUAAACUUAGCACUCAUUCCCUUGAGAUAACUUUGCCUCUACCUGGUUGUGCUGGUACAGCAGUGUGGUUAAUGGAUAAAUAACCUAGCAUUAGGUUACAGAUGAAAUCUAUAGGGUCUUUGGUAUCAAUGAACAAAGCCUGUAUACAAUUUAGUCUUAGUAGGUUACCUCUACUGGGAGUUGUCUUUGUACAUUCAGGUUUGUUAGUAUUCAUGGUAGUUUCAAACAUGCAUGUUUUGUUUGAAGAAAUGGUUAGUGUCCAAAUAGAUGUCCCCUGGGGAUGUAAAUACAUUGAUAGGGUAGGUGGCUGGCAAUUACAGAAUUGUUGGUUUCAGUCUGGAGCUGCAGAGAUGAUGACUUCUUAAUGAGCAGUUGGUGUAGCAAACUGCUGGACGGAUAUACUAGAAAAGAAGAAAAGAUUUGCCUAGACUUUGACCCAGCAGUUUAAAAGUGGGAUCCCACCCUGUUAUGAAACAGAAUGAGCACAGACAAAGCAGGAGCUUGUCUCAGCUAAAUAGGUGAGGUGGCAGUUAUUUGAAAACAUCUUUUACAUCUGUCACAAAUGGCUUUUUCAGAAUUUCAUUGCCUUUUCAGAAUUUAUGAGAAUUUUACAGAAUUGGUGAGAAGUUCUGACAUGUGUAUUUCCCAGUUUGAGUUUGUGUGUGGGGGGGGUGUAUGUUAUAGAGCAGUGGACUACAGCAUUCAGGGUGCACAGGGCUCUAAAGCUCACCAGUCCAUACUUCUGUCUGCACCUGACAGCAGAUGUAGGGAGAGAAGACCUUGGAGGACAAGUGAAGGGAAAGCUCUCAGCCUGAUGAGGGAGAAAGGAGUUUUGUGAGAGACGACUGCUAAGACAGAGUAGAUAUAGGCCACCAGUUGCCAACUGAGAAGUUAACACAGUGUGCAUAUGACGAUGUAGUAAGCCAGUUGAUUGUUGAGAAUUUUACCACACAUCAAGUGAAGAUGUGCAGUAAAUUGAAUAUCUGCAUCUACCCACUGUCAGCAUCCAUUCUGAUGACUGGCUUUAUGGGAGCUCUUAUGGGAGUCCAAUCAGCAGCCUUCAGCAUUUUCAGACUCAGACCCACCUUUAAUCCAAACAUGCAUUUGGUUACCAAUUUCUUCUAUUUUUUUACCAUAUAUUUGUAUGGUGGUAGUGCUGCUGUUGAAACUACCUUAAAUCUGGUUGUGAUCCAGUGAUGAGUCCCGACUCGCCAGUUGAACACCAGAGGACUCUAUGAUUCUACAUUAUUCAUGUAAUGUGCUCUACCCUUGAAGACAGACAAGAAAUUUCAACCUGAACAGAAUGCUACGGUCAAGCUACUGAAAGCACUGUUAUGCCACUUUUACCAGAACUACAAUUCCCAGAGUUCCCUUGAAAGAGGGACUAAUUGUUAAACUACUCAGGGAAUUGUAGCUCUGUGAAGGGAAUAGGGAGUCUCCUAACAAUUCUCAGCACCCUUAACAAACUACAGUUCCCAGGAUUCUUUGGGGGAAGGUAUGACUGUUUAAUGUGGCAUAAUAGUGCUUUUAAUGUCUAGUGCAGAUGUGGCCAGGCACUAGGCAGAAUGGUCAUGUUACGGUGAUUUUAAAAUAGCUACAUUGAUUAAUCAAGUUCAAGGUGCUGUUUUAGACAUAUAAAUCCCUGCUCUGGGUUUCAUCCAUUCUGAUAAAUGCGGUUAUCUUCAACUAGGAGCAGGACUUUUUCUGAGGUAGCCCCAAACUCUUGAGGACUACUCCGCUUCUCCCUCUACUCUUUCUCUUUCUUCGGAGCCUGGUGAGGACAUAUGAUAAGCUUUUGGGAGAUAGGUACUUUAAGGAUGAGUCUUUUGUUGGUUGGUCUAAGCUAAAUUCUGAUUUAUUAUGUAUUAGGCUGGGGUGGCUUGGAUAGGUUUUAAGUAUUUUUAAAAGGGGUUAACAGUUUAUAUUGAUUUUAAUCUAUUUAUGAACUAUUCCAAAAACUUUUUAAAGUUGAAAAAUUGCACAUAAAUACUGUAAAUAAAUAAUAACUAUGGAGAGAGUAGAAUAGGACCAGUUCCCCCUACCAAGAACUAGUUAAGACACAUGGGACUCUAAAGCAGGUUGUGAGAAUCUCUCUGUCCUUUCCAGGAACAAAUGGAGAUAAGUCAAAUUGAUCUCUAAAACCAGACCACACUGCAAUUCUAUGGCCUUUGGUCACAUCCACGCUAUAGAAACUUUAGUUUGUUGAGGGUGCUGAGAGUUGUAGUUCUGUGACAGGUAAACUAUAGUUCCCAGGAUUCUUUGGGGGAAGCCAUGUGAUUUAAAUGUAUGGCGUGGAUGUGACCAAUUGUUUUGGGGGUUCUCCAUUAUUUCCAAUAGACCUGCUUUGAAGUAUUAGUCUAGAAUCAUUGUGUUGAUUCCAGACUUUCAGCAUAAACCUAGAUGUGUCUACUCAGACAUAAUUCCCAUUGAGCUCAGUAGGGCUUACUCCCAAGUAACAGGAUGCAGGAUUGCAGCCUUAGUCAUGCAUAGAGUAACCGUAUUGAAAUCAAUGAGACUGAAGUUAGUAACGAUCAGCUUAAAUUGAUUUCAGUUUCCAAGCAGGGAUGAGUCUGGAUGGAAAUCACUUGACUGCUUGGUUUUAUUUACUGUGUUUGUGUAUAAUUCUGCUUAACUAUGCCUCUUUGAAAUCCCUUUUCUUGGCCCUUUUGCAGAGCCCCCAGAUUUGUUUUAUAAAAGGAAGUUUAAACUCUUUAUAGGUUUAAAAGCCCCAAGGUAUUUCCUCAAGCAGCUGCACCAGGUUUUCCUCUUGCAUUGAGAUAGUUUCUCGUGGAUGUAGGUUUUCAGGCACUGCAAUGAAAGAAACCAGGUUCCAGGGUGAUUGUAAUGUGAGAUAGAUAAAUCUCAGUGCCAAAUCCUACUCAGAGUAGACCCACUGAAAUUAUUGACCGUAGUUCUAAUCUGAGUAGGAGUAACAUUGAAUGCCACCCCCAAUAUGUAUAUACACAGACACAUCACAAGAACAGAGUACUAAAACAACAAAAAAUGAGAGGAUGCCAGCAAGGAUGAGUACUAAUCAAGCAGUGAAAGAGACUUCCCAAGUAGUCUUCACAAGUACCAUCUCAGUGUCAUGCAGGAAAACACAAUUUGAAAACUGUCUCAAGCAAAUCUAUGUAACAUGGCAAAGAAAUAGGAGACACUUUGUUCUCCAGCAAGUGUCCACGCAGCAGAGACUUGUUCUGGAACAAACAAAGAGAAAGUUGUAACUGACUGCAAUCUGAAGGGUCAUGGGAUUAUCUUUCUGCAUAUGCAGAGCUGAGGCCUGUACACAACCUGACAAGCUGCUGCCAAAACUCAAGAGACUAGCCUCCAAUACAGUGGAAGGAUCUGUGGCCACUGAAAAAAGUGGAAGCAAGCACACUCUUGUGUAUGCGCAGAGCAUGUCUACAUGCUGUCUCGAUGGUAGCCUGAAUUAUUUCAGUGCCUGUUAUCAACUAUAGAAGCAUGUUUUCCCCCCCUUUUUUAAAUUAUUAUUCUCCUUGCACUGUUCUGUAAUGAGAAUUUCAGGAUCAUUAUUAUCCACCCUUGGGAUCAACCAGUGUGUGUUUUAUCCAGUUCAGCCUCUGGAAUAAUUAUCCUACUGAUAUUCAGCCACCUGUACAUUUUUUAACCAAAAGUCAAAUGAUACACUGUACAUAUUUAAUCAGUACUAUUUCAUAACUGCUUUUAUAAAUAUUUUGCCUCUUUGGGGAAAGUGUAGGACUUUAGAAUGUCAUAUUAUUUAUCAUGUCUGCAAAGUGCUUUACAAAUAAUAUUUUGUUUCUGUUCAAAACCACAUUGUGAAAGUAGAUCAGUAAUACUCUCAUUUUACAGAUGCAGAACUGAGGCCGAGAGAGAGAAUGAAUUGUUCAUGGCUGAGCAAGGAUUUGAUCUUAGGUCUCCAGUUGAAGUCCAGCAUUUUGUCCAUUAGAUUGUUGUUAAGAAUGGUACAAAAAUGAAUUUCUGCUGGAUUUGAACUGACAAGUGAAACUGUGUGCCAGAUUUUGUUUUUGUCUUAAAACCAAACAAAAAAAUCCUAAUGUAAAACGGGCUGGUGAUUCCUAGAAACUAUCUUGAGAUUCACCAUAAUAUUGUGUAGAUAAAUUACCAAAUGGAUAAGCAAUGGACAGUAAUAAGCACACAAGGUGUUGCGGGGGGGGUAAGUCUCAGGGUCAUGAGAUGAAAUUGACAGAAGUGUUCUCAAUGUUAAAUGAUAGUUGGUUCCCCUUAGUUUGGGAAUCACUAAUUUUUGCAGUGGCAUUUUACACUACAGGCAAAGCCAUACCAUCCAGUUCAUGAAUUCAUUGCCCAAGGUUUCUUUAUUAUUAUUAACAAUAACUGUAAUUAAAGCUAUAGCAAAAUUUCAAAGACAAGAAGUCACAAUUCUAGCUUUUUGGCUUCCUUCACCAGCCUCAAUUUACUCCUUUCCUGCCCUUCCUUUACAGCUUUUGAUAUUGACCAGGAGCUAUGUUUUUAACUUGGGGUUGUAUGCAAAGCAGCACUAAAUCUUGGUCCCAUCAGCACAAGGAUUUCCAUUUGCAGAGCAGGACUUUCUUCUCCUAGCCCCAAAUCUGUUCUAGGAGUUCCUGCAACCUGCCAAAACAGAUUUUGGGAGGAGGAGGGAAGUGCCAUUUUGCAAGUAGAAAUCCUUGUGCUAAUGGGACAAGUUGGAUACUGCCCUUAGAUGGUUUGAAAAGGGGAUUAGGAAAAUUCAACAGCUGCUAGCCAUAAUAACUAAAUAGAAAGUCCAUGUUCUGAGACGGACCAUUGAAGGGCAAACAGCAAGAGAGGGCUGCUGCUUUCAUUACUUGCAUUUGGGGGGUGGGGUUGUGUCCUGGAUGCAUUUAAUUGCCCAUUGUGGGAAACAGGAUGCUUGACUAGAUGGACUUUGGGCCUGAUUUAGCAGGGUGUAAGAACUUACUAUAAGGGCCUUGUCCAACCUUAGCUUAUAGCACAGGACAGGUGCAAUUACUGUAGAAGAUCCCAAUUAUCUCACCACUCCACCCCGGGUAAUGGAAUUACAGGAAUAUCACAUUUUCCCAUCACAAUACUUGGGGUGGGUGGGGAGGAAGAUAAGGGGAGGGGAAAAGCAAUGGAUAGCAAAACUACUCCCAGUUGCAUUCCAUAUGAUAUUGCACUAUUGCUUGAAAACCAAAUACAAUCCAGAUGAAACUAAGACAUGCAUAUUAUGUAUGUCUUUCCUUGGUCCCAGUUCCACAAACUUCUUUCUGAUACACUUUGGACAAUGCCACAACAGAAUGAAUUUGCUUAGAUGACUUUUUAAAAGCCUCUCAGAUCUCCUCUGUCCAGGGAUCUUCCUUUGUUCAGAAAUGAGCAUUCCUAAGAGUGCUUGGAAUAAGGAAAGUGUUUCCUUUUGUUUUAGUUUCUUAAACUGAAUAUGUUCAUUGUUUCUCAGUGUAAGGCCUUCUAUUAUCAAAUAUGAAGAUAACACUGAGUGAUGUUGUUAAACACAGGGCUGGUGGGACCUUGAUACUCACAUGCUGUAUAUAUCCCCAAGUCUGAUUUUUUUUUACACAACAACAACAAAAAGAAUCUAUGCAGUUGUGUUGUA